ACAGAACUUCCUCUUUUGGUGCCGUCUUCUGCGCAGCAGCUUGAAGCUGCUCGGGAGAGGAGAUGAGAGAGAGAAGCUCUGCCAGCGGACCAGGGAGGGAGGGAGAGAGAGAGAGAGAGAGAGCGUGGUGAGGAAUCCCAGCAGCCCCAGGAGAGCGAGAGCCGGACCGGCUGGACCCCCGGAGGAGGACCCGAAAGUGAACCACGUUGCCACGGGAGAGGCCUCACUUCAGGGCUGCAGUAUGUUCACCACAGUGAAGGCCUUCGAGGGGCAGCAGUACUCCACCCUGAAGAGGCAGUGCUUGCAGAGUGGCCUGCUAUUUGAGGACCCCCGCUUUCCUACCUUUGACAACUCGCUCUUUUACCAGGGCAACAGGAUCGGACGUGUAGUCUGGAAGAGGCCUCGGGAGCUGUGUGAGGACCCGCACCUGUUUGUAGAUGGCAUCAGCGCACACGAUUUACAUCAGGGACAGCUGGGUAACUGUUGGUUCGUUGCGGCAUGCUCCAGCCUGGCCUCCAGAGAGUCUCUGUGGCAAAAAGUUAUUCCCGACUGGAAGGAGCAGGAGUGGGAUACAGAGAAGCCAGAAUCAUAUGCUGGGAUUUUCCACUUUCGCUUCUGGCGCUUUGGUGAGUGGGUGGAUGUGGUGAUUGAUGACCGGCUACCGACGGUGGACAACCAGCUGGUCUACUGCCACUCCAACGACAGCAACGAGUUCUGGAGUGCCCUGGUGGAGAAGGCCUAUGCCAAGGUUUAUGGCUGCUACGAGGCUUUGGAUGGGGGAAACACGGCUGAUGCAUUGGUAGAUUUCACGGGCGGGGUGUCAGAGCCUGUGGACCUGCUGGAGGGUCAGAUGGCAACAGACGAAGUGGCCCGAAACCAGCUGUUUGAAAGAGUUCUCAAAGUCCACAACAGAGACGGUCUUAUCAGCUGCUCCAUCAGGGCAACUACAAUAGAGGACAUGGAGGCACGCCUGGACUGCGGCCUGGUCAAAGGCCACGCCUACGCCGUGACAGAUGUACGGAAAGUGCGGCUAGGUCACGGACUGCUAGCCUUCUUCAAAUCCGAGAAGUUGCAGAUGAUUCGCAUGAGGAAUCCCUGGGGAGAGAAGGAGUGGAGCGGCCCCUGGAGCGACAGUUCGGAGGAGUGGAACAAGGUGAGCAAGAGCGAGAGAGAAAAGUUGGGUGUCACCGUGCAGGACGACGGCGAGUUCUGGAUGACGUUUGACGACUUCUGCCAGUACUUCACUGACCUGAUCCUGUGCCGCCUCAUCAACACCUCCUACCUGAGCAUCCACAAAACCUGGGAGGAGGAGGUGAUGAGGGGCUCCUGGGUCCACCGCAAUGAUCCCCUUCGCAACCGGUCCGGAGGCUGCAUCAACCACAAGGCUACCUUCCUGCAGAACCCUCAGUACGUGUUUGAUGUGAAGAAGGUGGAGGACGAGGUGCUGAUCUGCUUACAGCAAAAAGAAAAGAGAGCCACACCCAAAGACGGGAAAGGGGAAAACCUCGCCAUAGGCUUUGAUAUUCACCGGGUGGAGCUAAAUCGUAAGUACCGUAUGCACUCAGCCCAGCAGAAAGUAGCGGGAUCCAUCUACAUCAACUCGCGCUGCGUCUUCCUCAGGAAGGAGUUGCCGGAGGGUCGUUACGUCAUCAUUCCCACAACCUUUGACCCCAGGCAGCAAGGCGACUUCCUGCUCCGUGUUUUCACCGAUGUGCCUUCAGACUGCAAAGAGCUGACUCUGGACGAGCCUCCUCAGACAUGUUGGACGGGGAUGUGUGGCUACCCUCAGCUGGUCACUCAGGUCCAUGUACUAAAUGCUGAUGGUCUGCAGGGACAGGAAUCCAAUGGGGCUGUUAAUCCGUACGUGAUCAUCACCUGUGAAGGAGAGAAGGUCCGUUCACCAGUUUAUAAGGACACACGGUGCCCAAACUUUGACAUCAAAGGCCUGUUCUACCGCAAGAAACCCAAAGAGGGCAUCCACAUUGAGAUCUACAACAAGAACAUAAUUGUGGACACCUUCCUGGGACAGGUGAUCCUGUUCAGUGAUCCCAACGAGCGCCAGGAACAGCACACGCUUCACCUCCGCGACAAAGGCAACCGCCAGGACAGCGACCUCCCGGGCACGCUCACUGUGCGCCUCAUCACCUCGACCGCGCUUACUAACAUCUGAUGCGAUCCUUUAUAUAAUUAUGAAGAGUAACAAUCAAGGUGGUGUUCAAUCAUGUCCACCGUUGUCUGCCAUUGAUCCUCCAACCAUGGCGGUAACUCACUGUGUCUGUUUUUUUCUUCUGUCUCCGAUUAUUUCCCUAUUUCCUAUCGCUUCUGCAUUUAAAUUCAGCUUUGGAUCAAAAGUGUCCAUUGACAAUGUUUGGGGUUUGCAUUUAACCUUCCUGUUGUCCUCGGGUCAAAUUUGACCCCUUUAAAAAAUGUCUAUAUCUGAAAUAUGGGUUUCUUUUAAACCAAAGAACCCCAAAAAAUGGAUUGGAUUCCAUAAAACGCUCUUUGCAUUAAUUAAUCACUUUCAUUUCUGACUAAACUCAUCUGUACGUUCCUGUGAUUUUAACUAUUAGUUAAAAUAAUUCAUAAUUUCUGCUUUUGUAACUCAAAUAUUAGGUAUAAUUCUAUAUAAAGGAGUGUUAUUGACCAUGAAUUCCAAAAAGUACUGUAAACCUAGUGGUAGUAAGGUGUAAUUAGUGAAAAAAAACAAAAAGUCUGACAUUUUUGUCUUUUUUUGACCCAGGAGGACAACACAACGGUUAUUAACUUUGAACACAUUCCUGCCAAAAUUGUCCCAAUAUUUAAUGUUUAGUAGUUAAGUAGUUUUCAUUGCAGGUUUUGUAGCCAGAAUCUCUAUCAAUAACUAAGGUACAGUUGAAC